AUGACUGUUGGCGAAAAAAGCGAACUUAUCGCUCUUGUGCUGCGUGUCGUGCCUCAAAAACAAAAUGCUCUGGGGCACGACCGACUUGCAAACGAUGCCAAGAUAAAGAUGUGCCAUGUGUUAACGCCUUUGGUUUCCCACUCGCCUAGAAAUAUUGCAUCAAGUCAGACCAGUGCUCUGGCAUCCUUGGAAGCUCUGUCUCCUUCACAGCAGCCGUUUGCUGCCGCGGAAAGACUGGAGGUGCUCUCGUCGCCUCUAGAUUGGUUAUCUUUGUCCGAUCUUCCCUCGCCGGCUAGGAUCAGAAUACUUGCUGAUGAAUAUUUCAACAACAUUCAUCCUCUUCGCGCGUUCACAUUCAUCCACAAACCUGCAUUUCUGCAAAGGUUGGACGGAGAUCUGUCCAACGAAUACCAAACUCAUGCCCUUCUGCAUGUCAUUUGCGCACUUGGAGCUCAAUUCUUUGCGUUGAACUACAGUGAGACAAUUUCAGCUCUUUCACCAAAGCUUGUACUUUCUGCGGGCUCGCAGUGGGCCAAGAUAACUCAGCGGCUUAUACUUGAAGCAUUGGAUACAGUUACAAUUGAAAACUUGAUGGCUGCUGUGCUGCUGCAUGACUAUGCGGUUCGCAUGGGCAAUUUCGCGAACGCGUUCAUGCUGAGUGGGAUCACCACUCGUAUGACGCAGGCCCUACAGAUCAACCUCGAAUACAACACUGACAUUUUGUGUCACGAUACCGAAGAGGGGCUUUCAGUGACUGAGAAAGAGUCCCGGAGACGUCUUAUGUGGAGUUGUUAUAUCAUGGAUGCACUUGUGGGUAGUGGAGUUGAUCAGCUAACCCUGAUGGAAGAAAGGGACAUAAAGAUUCAACUUCCAUGUAACGAGCGGAAUUUCAUCCAACAAGUGCCUUGUCUUACCGAAACUCUUGCCCCAGGCAGCUGGCUCAAGAUAUUACCCGGCCACGUUGAGACCGACACCCUUCUCCCUAAUAUGGGGAUCAUGGCAUACUUCAUCCGACACAUCUCGAUUCGGAAAAGAGUGCUGAGCAGAUAUAUCAAGCACCUGGGGAAUGCAAUGGUGCCUUGGGACCCCAGAUCGGAGUUCUCGGUCUUAGAUUCAGAGUGCAGACUGUGGUAUUCCUCACUGCCUCCCAGUCUACAAUUUUCACCAGAGGCGAUUUACAUUCGCAAAGAUACGUCACAGUUGGGUGCUCUUUGUGUACUACACUGUGCACAUUACCAAACUAUUUGCGACUUGUACCGACUCGGGGCGCCAGCUCUCUACAAGCUCCGAGCGGCCUUUGAAUUUCCACCCGAACAACACGAAUUUCUUCGCCACCUCCAGCAGGUUCUUUUCGACGCCGCCCGGGCUUUGGCAAGUAUUAUCGGACAGACUGCCCGCCACGGUCCCCGAAUGUUAGCAGACUCCUGGCUCCCGACGAUUGUGUACGACAGCUGCCGUAUCAUGAUAUACCACUUGACACAAGUCCUCGAUCCCGAAUUGGAAUCAACGAGGCGUUUGACUUUAUCUGCAAUUCCGCUGCUUCGAAGUAACAUUGGUGCACUCAAGUUGAUGGGAUCUCUCAACGCGAUUGCAAACACACUGUGCUCAGCGGCAGAAACGAUGCUCGAUCGGUCGGGUGUUGAAUCGGAGGUGAUUUGCCAAAACAUCAUUCCCGAUGACCCAUAUCAACCCAACAAAGCGGAAUACCCAAGCGAGCCCUUAUUGGAGCCUCCUAUACAAAGUGCCCCCGAUUACGUGCUGAAUCCGUUGACUAUCUUUCGAAUGGCGCGUAAAUCGAUCCCAGAACGACAUGCCCCAGAGACUGCUCGUACCUCUUCUGCGCCCAGUAGUAUACUUCCUGAUCAGAGCGAUGAGGUUGAUAAGUCAUCCUGUGGAGGGAAUAAUGGAUCGGGUGACGUGCCAGAUGAGCCAGGGCUGGGUCAUGCGAGUUUAGAAGAGUUGCAAACCUUGUUCAUGUCUGAUUUGGGAUGGGCAUGGCAACCCGCAGACACUGCGGUUGGUUCAGGAACUGAAGGUGCUGGUUUAUUGCCAUGGGCUGGAGGAAAUCCCUCUACUCAAACGGAGUCAUGGCUUCCUGUUUUCCCUUUCCCUCAGAAUUGA